GCCGCCAGAUUAGCGCUGCGGUUAAGCUCAUUUCCGCCGGGCCUCGCGCCGCUCCGGGCCGCGUCCCGACGCCGCUGUGGGGAAUGGAGGACGGGCGCUGCGCGAGGCCGUGCCUGCAGCUGCUGGGUGCCGACGGGCCCGGCCUGGAGGCGCUGCUGCUGCUGCUGAUGGCCCGCGUGCCGCCGCGAGGCCGCCUGCCCGCCCUGCCCGGGAGCGGCACGGAGCGCACGGAGCCAGGUGAGCGCCCGGCACUUCCGGUCCCGCACCAUACCCCGAGCCCCGCGUUGCCACCGGCGGCGCUCCGUCCCGCGGGCGGCCCCUCGCCGGGCGGCCUGGCGCGCUCCCUGCAGAGGGCGGAGGCGAUUCUGCGGAGCUGCGUCGGUCCCGGGAUUCUCCGCCUGCGCUCCCCCCGGACCGGGGGCGGCUCCUCCGCCUCGGACAGCGACGAGGAGGACGCCGAGUUCGGCCCCCGCGCGGCCCUGGUGGAGCAGAGCUUCCGGGGGCUGCGCCGCGCCUUCCGCGCCUGGGAGAAUCCGCGCACCGAGACGUUCCGCGGCCACGUGCUGCCGCCGCCGGCCGACGCCUUCUGCUACCACGCCGUGCACCCGCGCGUGGCCGAGCGCUGCGCCGCGCUGCACGCCCUGCUGCAGCACCGCCACCAGCUGCGCCUGGCCCGCCAUUACAGCCGCCGCCUGAAGGCCGCCUCCGACUUCGUCCGCCUGCUGCUGAGCCCCGAGCCGCGGCCGCUGCGGGCGCUGUGCGAGGAGCUGCGGACGCACGCCGGGCAUUGGGCCGCGCUGCGGCGGCGGAUGCGGGGCGACGCGUGGCUGCGGCCGCUGCUGCUGGGGCGGCGCGAGGCCGUGGCUCACAUGCGGCGGGCGCUGGAGCUGCUGGCGCUGCAGGCGGCGCGGCUGCUGGAGGAGCGCUUGGAGGCCGCGCUGCGCGGUGCGGCGCGGGACGGGGCCCCCCCGGCGCAGCUGGCCGACCUCUUCCAGGGUCUGGAGAUCUACAACCGCGUGCUGGCGGAGCUGGAUACGGAGCCGGGCUCCGCUCGCUCGACCGCCGGCGCCGACCGGGCCGCGGGGAUGCCGCCCCGCGCCUUCCCCCUGUGGCGGGUGCUGGCCCUGCUGGCGGCAGAGAGGGGCCGGCGGGCGGCCGAGAGCCUCGCGCGGCUCCUGCGGCACGGAGACGGCGGCUUCGUCGUGGAGGAGGAGGAGGAUGGACGGGAGGCGGCGCGGAGCCUCCCCGAGGCGCUGCGGGCGCUGUGCCUUGAGGACGAGCGGCUCGUUGGCCCCGUGCUGGGGGUGUUGGUGGCCUCUGCCGACGGCCUUUGGCGUCCUGCCCUCGGCGUUCCCACGGAGAGCCCCGCGGCUCCGUCCCCGCGGCCGGGCUCGGCCUGCAAGGCGGUGCGCUGGUUGGACGCGACCCACGCGGCGGCGGCCGAGGCUCUGCACGCCCGGUACCGCCCGCUGUGCUGGGAGGCGGCCGGCGCCGCGCUGGGCCCCCGCUUGGAGCUACCGGCCGGCGGGACGGGACGCGCCGCCGGCGUCGCACGGGAGCUGCAGCUGGCGCUCGGUCCCGGUACGUGCAGGAGGGGCGGCUCGGCUGCCUCCGCGGAAGGCCGGCACCACGUGGGAGCCGGGCGGCCCCGGGCCGUUCCUCAGCGCUGUCCGUUCGCAGCCCGCAUCCCCCCGGAGUGCGAGGAGGAGUUGGGGCGGCUGUGCCGGCGGCUGCAGUGCCGGGCUGCCCUGCUCGACUGGCACCGAGACUUCGCCCUGGCGCUGGGCUCGGGGCUGAGCGAUCGCUGCGCGGUGCCGGAGCGCUCGGAGGGCGCGGCGCACAGCGGCACGGCGCGGCUCCUUCAGCGGCUCUACCCGGCCCUGAGCUCCGCCCUGCGGAACCUGCCGGACGACCCGGAGGGCAGCCCCCUCGGCUCGCCCUGCCUGCGCCUGCAGCUGCUGGGCUGCUGCCUGGCUACGGCUCAGGCCUCGCGCUCCUGGUUGAUGGGCAAAGCCUUCCAGUACCUGGCGGCGUGGGUCCCUGCAGCAGUUCCUGCUCGUCACUCAGGGAGACCUGCAGCUGCUGAAGGCCGAGACGGACGCGCUGGAGCUGCUGGUGGACGCGGCCUUCCCGGAGCCCGAGGACGGCCCGCAGCACCUCGCGCCCCACCGGCGCCUGCGCUCCCAACACGAGCGGUGGCUGUGCCUGCAGAUCCGCUCCGCGGCCGCCAGCAUCCAGCUGUUCGCGGGGGACGUGUUGAAGCUCUUCUCCACGGACUGCAAGCGGAUGUCGGCGGAGAUCUUCGACCAGACCAUGCCGCUGGGCAGGCACUGGAGGCUCGGCCUCCGAGCCGAGCUGCCCAGCUCCCCCAGCGACUACGCGGCGGCGGCGGCUCAGACGGUGCUGGGCCAAGUGCUGCAGGGCGCGCAGCUGCUGCCCCGCGACUCCCAGGUGCCCACGUUGGCGCGGGUGAUGACGGCCUUCGUGGAGGCGUGGAUGGAUCACAUCCUGGCGCAGAAGAUCAAGUUCAGCCUGCAGGGCGCUCUGCAGCUGCAGCAGGACUUCGCGCUGGUGCGGCAGCUGGUGCAGUGCGAGCAGUACGGGCUGGAGCCCGACACGAGGCAGGCGCUGCUCUCCCUGCGCGUCCUCCAGCAGAUGGACGGUGCCAUCCUCUGCCUCCUGCAGCAGCCCAGCGGCAAGGCGUACCUGCCGCCCCACGGCUGGCCCUCCCUGCGGCAGUGCUGUGAGGAGGGGGAGUGAAUGGGACGGGGAUGGAAUGGAGGUGGGAUGGGGAUCGGGUUGGGGGGGGACGGGGACAGAAAUGGGACGGGCGAUGGGGAUGGGGAUGGGGAUGAGGAUUGGGAAAGAGAUGGAGACGAAGCCGGGAGCCCCCACGGCUCCCGCCGCUCUCCCUCCCCCGACUCCGUCUCCUCUCGCCCCCAGGCUCCAACCACGGUGCCCGCACACAGGAGCUGGGCGCCAGCAGCCUGCACAGCCUGGAGACCCUGGAGGCGGCGGGGCCUUCAGCGGGGCCCCCCCCGCCCCUUCCCGGCUCGGAG